CUGCGGACCGCCGCCGCCGCUGCCACGCUCGCCCUAACCGCGCCCCGCACCCCCGCAGGACUGCCGGGGCCCCGGGGGGAGCCCGGGCCGCGAGGAGAGGCGGGACCCGUGGGAGCGACCGGGCCCGCCGGCGAGUGCUCGGUGCCUCCGCGCUCCGCCUUCAGCGCCAAGCGCUCCGAGAGCCGCGUGCCUCCGCCGUCGGACGCGCCCCUACCCUUCGACCGCGUGCUGGUGAACGAGCAGGGGCAUUACGACGCCACCACCGGCAAGUUCACCUGCCAGGUGCCCGGGGUCUACUACUUCGCGGUCCACGCCACCGUCUACCGGGCUAGCCUGCAGUUCGAUCUGGUCAAGAACGGCGAGUCCAUCGCCUCUUUCUUCCAGUUUUUUGGGGGGUGGCCCAAACCAGCCUCCCUCUCCGGGGGCGCCAUGGUGAGGCUGGAGCCAGAGGACCAGGUGUGGGUGCAGGUGGGCGUGGGCGAUUACAUAGGCAUCUAUGCCAGCAUCAAGACAGACAGCACCUUCUCGGGAUUUCUGGUGUAUUCUGACUGGCACAACUCCCCUGUCUUUGCUUGAUGCCCACUGGAAAGCGAGCUCAAGCUCUCUCAUUCCUGCGGAAGGAGGGUGUGACACUGGCAGCCACAUCAUCCGGGAGGGCUGGCCCCCCUUGGGAUGUUGUGAACCACUCCGUCCUGCUGCUAGCAGAGAAUGGGGACAGAGGCUAUCUGAGAUCAGGGCUGGCAGUGUGGGGCAGUGGCUGGAUUUCUGCCCAAAACCAAAGGAGUGCUCUGUGCUGGCAGGUGUGGGUUCCCCAGUUGCUUUGGCCCAGAGCCCCAGAGGUGGGGUUUCCCCUUCCUGGGGCUCUGCUUCUCUGGGUCCUCCCUUGUCCCUCCUAUUCCUGGGCCCUUCUCUCAGAGAUUAUUCAAUAAAAAAAGAAAUAAAUAAAU